ACAAAAGCCUGGCAGCUUAUUAAUGUCUUAACUUACAUAUGGUUUUUCUAUGUGCUUUGAAAAAGCAAGGGGUAACAUAAGCAGAAUUUCAAUACUCAAACACAAAACCAACUACAAUUUUUGUGGAUUGUGCUCCUUUAACUUUUACACAUAGGAACAGUUAUCCAAUAUUGCAGUCUUAGCACAAUUAUAACAACUUUGUUCCUACUCAAAAAAAUUAGAAGUAUUUUCACAUUGAAAAUCAUCACACAAUUAUUUUUUAUAAGUUGUACAGUUUUCAAACCAAUAGAUUACUGUUAUUUAAUCAUUGUAUUUGUAACCAAAUUGUUUAUGUCAACUCUUUCUUAUAAACAAUGUUCGGAAGAGUUGAGACAGAAAUAAGAGAUAGGACUAGGGUUAGUGUAUAAAAUAUUUUCAAAGGCAUAGGUUCAAUAGGAAUUGAAAGAAUGAAGAACUGAAAGAAUGAUUUAUAAACUGCUGUUUUUCUUUAUAACGUAUCACUUCCGAAUAUACAUCAAUAUGUUUUUUGGUUUCUUUUAAAUUUAAUUUCUCCCGCAUUAGAAUGUCAGCUAUAUGUCGGGGGGAGGGGAGCGGGGGAGGAUUUUUGUCUGAGUGUUUACAGUUGUGUCCCCAGCGCCUACAACAGUGCCUGGCACACAGGCGCUCAAUAAAUAGCUAGUAAGACAGGGAGGAGAGAGAAGAAACAAAGGAAAGAAAGAAAUCCCGGACAACUUGGGCUCCUCACCACUCGUACAUCCUCCCUGAACCCUUCUCUCGCUCACCCUCGGCGUUUUAUCCUCCCAGCGUUGGACCGAGAAUCCCAACAGACACAACGAAGUGCGGGCCCGCCCACUGCGCGUGCGCAUCACAGCCCCAUUCGCCACGCGCGUCGGGCGCGUUCACGGAGUUUGGAUGCCUCAGGGAACCUAAGCAAGCUGCGCCUGCGCAGUCCAAGCCGGCCCGCCUAGGCCUGGGCGGGACUCGGUGGGGGAGCGUUGGGUUGUGCUGCCUGAAAGGGCGGAACGUGUCCUGGUUCUGAGUCAGAAGGUUAGAGGGUUUCGGUAACGCGGUAGAGACCACUCGAAAGGGAGGCAGCAGGAACCACCUAGGAACGCCCCCGGCGAGCAGUCCCAGGAUGCCCCGCGCCCGUCCCCGGACUUCAUUUCCCAGCGGGCACUGCGGUCGGAGCCGCCAGCAGCCGGAGCGCCGUGGCCCCUUUGUGAGUCGGCCUGCCCGGCCAGGGAGCGAGUCCCCGCCCCGACCAUCGGGGAAGCUGGGCUCCCGGCCUCCGCCAGCCGACCGCGUGGAUGGGAGGUGCCGACCCGCAGGGAGGAGGCGCUUGAUUUUCUCCAGACACUGCCCUUCUCCCAGAGAGGAGCCCGGAGGAGGAGGUCGGAAAAGCUGUCAUAAAUUCUUAAAUUGUUAAAGCCAUGUCUAAGGUCAGUUCAGCUGUUCAGGUGUGUACCGCUGAUUGCCAUCUGUGUGUCAGCCCAGCGUAAGAGUAAGCAUUGCUCUGUGACAUGCCAGACCGCACAGCAGCUUUGGAUUUGGUGACAUUUGGGGACGUGGCCGUGGAUUUCUCCCAAGAGGAGUGGGAGCGGCUGAAUCCUGCCCAGAGGGGUCUGUACAGAGAUGUGAUGCUGGAGAACUACAGGAGCCUUAUCUGGCUGGCAGGAGUUUCAGUUUCUAAGCCAGAUGUCAUCUCAUUACUGGAACAAGGAAAAGAGCCCUGGGUGGUGAAGAAGGAGGGGACAAGAGGCACAUGCUCUGAUUGGGAGUAUGCAUUUAGAAACAAUGAAUUUUCAUCAAAGCAAGUUAUUUAUGAAGAAUCAUCCAAAGUAAUGACAUUGGGAAGAAGCCAUCUUACUCGUAGCCUUGACUGCCUCCGUUUGAGAGAAGAUUGUAAAAGUAGGGACUGGUUUAAGAACCAGUUGGGAAAUCAGGAGGUACAUUCUAAUCAAUUGAUCAUCACUCAUAAAGAAAUCCUCACUGAAGAUCAAAAUAACAAAUAUAAUAAAUCUUGGCAAACUUUCCAUCAGGAUGCAAUAUUUGCUAUAAAACAGAGUUUUCCCACCAAAGAAAGAGCACAUAAGCAUGAACCACAAAAGAGAAGUUACCGAAAAAAAUCUGUUGAAAUGAAACAUAAGAAAGUCUAUGUAGAAAGGAAACUUUUGAAAUGUAAUGAAUGUGAGAAAGUCUUCAACCAGAGUUCAUCUCUUACUCUUCAUCAGAGAAUUCAUACUGGGGAAAAACCCUAUGCAUGUGUUGAAUGUGGGAAAACUUUCAGCCAGAGUGCGAACCUCGCUCAACAUAAGAGAAUACAUACUGGGGAGAAACCCUACGAAUGUAAGGAGUGUAGGAAAGCCUUCAGCCAGAAUGCACAUCUCGCUCAGCAUCAGAGAGUUCACACUGGAGAGAAACCUUAUCAGUGUAAAGAAUGUAAAAAAGCCUUCAGCCAGAUUGCACACCUGACUCAACAUCAACGAGUCCAUACUGGAGAGAGACCGUUUGAAUGUAUUGAAUGUGGAAAGGCCUUUAGUAAUGGUUCAUUUCUUGCUCAGCAUCAAAGAAUUCAUACAGGAGAGAAACCUUAUGUAUGUAACGUGUGUGGGAAAGCCUUUAGCCAUCGUGGUUACCUAAUUGUACAUCAGAGAAUUCAUACAGGAGAAAGACCCUAUGAAUGUAAGGAGUGUAGGAAAGCCUUCAGCCAGUAUGCACACCUUGCUCAACACCAGAGAGUUCAUACAGGAGAGAAACCUUAUGAAUGUAAAGUAUGUAGGAAAGCCUUCAGCCAGAUUGCAUACCUUGAUCAACAUCAGAGGGUCCAUACUGGAGAGAAACCCUAUGAAUGUAUUGAAUGUGGGAAGGCCUUUAGCAAUAGUUCAUCACUUGCACAACAUCAGCGAAGUCAUACUGGAGAAAAACCUUAUAUGUGUAAGGAAUGUAGGAAAACAUUCAGCCAGAAUGCAGGCCUUGCUCAGCAUCAGCGAAUCCAUACUGGAGAGAACCUUAUGAAUGUAACAUCUGUGGGAAAGCCUUUAGCUAUAGCGGAUCUCUUACUCUACAUCAAAGAAUUCAUACUGGAGAGAGACCCUAUGAAUGUAAAGAUUGCAGGAAAUCUUUCAGGCAGCGUGCACACCUGGCUCAUCAUGAGAGGAUUCAUACUAUGGAGUCAUUCUUGAGUCUUUCCUCUCCCUCAUCCACCAUGUCCAGUCAAUUGCCAAGACCUGUAGGUUUUAUCUCUUAAAUAUGCCUUGAAUUUCACUCCUUUAAUCAUUUCCAUCCCAUCAUCUGUGUCCAAUACACAAUAAUCUACUUGGCGUGGACUAUGGAAAUAGCUUUCUAACUGGUUUCCCUAUAUUUACUGCUUCCUUUGUCAGUUGUCCAUGUUGCAGACACACUUGUAUUUAAAAAGUUUGAUCAUAUCCUCACUCAUUAAAACCCCUCAGUGGCACUCCAUAGUUCUUAGGUUGAAGCACACAUUCCUCAAAAUAGUCUAAAAGACCUUCCUCCCAAUACUUGUUCCAGUCUACCUAUCCCCUGUCAAUAUCCAGCUCAGUCUUUGGUUAUUUACCCAGAAUUAAGAACUCAUAUUCCAGCAUCAAAUAGAUCUGGGUUCCAAUCCUUGCUCUUCCAUUUUUAGCCCUCUAAUUUUGGGGAAACAUUUUGUCUUUUGUAAGCUUCGGUUUUAUUUAUAUUAUGAGAAUAAUAAUGGUACUACCUCGAAAGUUAAUGGAGCAUUAAAUGAGCUAAUGCAUGUAAAUUGCUCAGUAGAGUGCCUCACAUAAAGUAAUCACUCAAUAAACAUUAAUGUAAAAUAAAAAGGUACCAUGGUAUACAAAGAAGACCUGAUCAUCUCAACAGUGAUCAGCUGGGACAACAAAAGCAGCAGCUCCAGACUGAAGGUCUGGUUUGUCAAGGUUUCUCAUUAGGAACAGUAGUCACUGAGCUAAAGGUGGGUGGCAAUGGUACCAGAUACAGUAAGCCUGAUCUUAGAGUCCAUGAUAAUACAGAGUAAGAUGCUGGCUUCUGUUUCAGCAUGAACAUAUAGAGACAUGACUUUGUUGGUAAGAAAAAGUAGCUUUAUUAGAUAUUCAGCAGUUCUAAGAAGCUAGAUUUUAAAAAUUGCUAUAAUGAGUAGAAUUUGCUGAGAUGUAUUCCUCAUUUACAUUUAAACAAAGGCAAAAUAGAUUUUUAAAAACAUUUGAAAAGAUCAGUAGCCAAAGAAGACUAGAAAAUAAAGUGUAAGUUUAAUCCCUGCUCCUAAUUCCAGGUGGGUAAAUUGUAUUAAACCUGUGUCAUUUAAAGUAGAAAAAGCUGUUGAACUUCUAAGUGGUAGUUCCAAAACUACAGGGGAAAAGAAACCAAAGCUGUAAGUAUUCAAAACUGGCUGCCCACAAACAGGUUUGGCUUGGUAUGCAUCAAGUUUAAAAUGAAUAUGCAUACCUUUAGGUGGGCCUAUGUUUUCCAGUUCUCCACAGUUCAAACCACUCCGUUCCCACACAUCUGACUUCUUUUACAGUUUAUAUUAUUUCCUGACUCCCGAAGUCUUUUAGUAUGCAAUCAGUGCAGUAACGAAUUCACAUAUGAAUACAAAUACAAAGAAAAUGAUGAAAGUUUAAUGGAAAAUGAAAGGAAGAUUUGAAAUAUCUAUCUCUCUGUAGGGGAAGACUCAGUAUUAUACAGAUGUUAGGAGGCCCCAAAUUAAUCUACAGAUUCCUUGGACAUAACAAAAUCCUAACAAUUUAGAGCUCAAAAGAUUGAGAACAGUUCCUAAACAUGAACUCCAGAAGCCACACCACAAAGAUUCAGGUUUGAUUGCUUAAGAACUUUAUUAAGCUUUUAUGUAGUCAAAGAAAGUAUAAACAAGCUUUUUAAACAUCAGAAUUGGAAGAAAUCAUUACAACAUAUAUAACCCGUGAAAUUUAUAUCCUUAACAUAGAAGUACUCCUACAAAUCACUUAGAAAAUGACACUUCUCCCCCCACCAUGGGCAAAGGUAUUAGGCAACAGGUGACUGACAGAUGUUUAUAAGUACUGAAUUCACUAGAAUCAGAAUAAAUACAAGUUAAACCAAUGAACUAUCCAGUUUUCCUUACCAGACUGAUAAAAAAAUUUACAUUGCAAAAGCAUAGGAAAGAAGAUACUUCUAAGCACUGAUGUGAGGGAGUAUAGAUUUGUACACUGUUUCUCAAAGGCAACGUGUCAAUAUCAGAAUUUUCAUUGGGAAAACCAAGAUGUUCUUUUGCAGUUAACAAACAGCACACAAGUGUAUCUUCCCCUUCAUAGCCCAGUAAACAUAAGUAAAAGGUAACAAACAAAAAGAGCUGCAGAGAGAGGGUCAUCAGGGAAUGAGAGAAAUUUUGUGAAAAGACAAAAGGGGGAAGAAUGUUCAUUCAUGAAAUGUAGCACAAGAAGCUGCUACCUGAAAUGUUUGCAUGAUAGAGAAUUCAGCCAUGGGAGCCCAUUUGUCCAAAGGAUCCCUAGAGAGGCUCAACCUUCGAGUUGGCUUGUGUAGACGCUGGAUGUACUAAGGAGACACAAAGACAGGACUGUUAAAUGCGUUUCUACGUGAAAUGUUAGCAUCCCCUGCCCACAGCUUCCCCACUCCACCCUCUUCUGUAAGUAAACUGAGAUCCUUCACACCAUUCACAAAAAUGACUUACAGUAGAAUAAAAUCCUAAAUGUAAAUGCAAAUUAAUAAAGAUAACAGUAGGAUAUGUUUAUGACUUUGGUGUUGGACUAUCUUCUAAAAUAGACAAAAAUGAAAGCCAUAAAGGAGAAGAUUAAUGAAGCUAUCAAAAGUUAGCAUGCUUUUAAAACAAAGUUAAAAGAUAAGCAACAGAAAAGAAGACAAUAUUUGUAAUAUGAUAACAAAAGGAGAGAUGUAAGUAUAUCUUUAAAUCAGUAAGUGAAGGACAAUUAAGCAAGUAUAAAAAUAGACAAAGGAUAAGGAUGGGGAAAUCAGAGAAGAAAUAUGGCCAGUAAACAGAGUCCCUGCUUAACCUUGUUCAUAUUAAGAGAUGCAAAUUUAAAUAAUAUAUCAAAAAUUGGCAGUGGUGUGGAGGAAGAGGUAGUCCUCAUUGCCACUUUGGAGACAAUGAAGUUUUAAAAAUAUUCACGAUAGCACCUCUGAAUGGGCAGAAUGGUUAGGACAUGAAACACUGGAAAAAAGUCAACUUCCAGCAAUAAAAGCAUGACUAGAAAUACUAGCAGCAGUUUAAAAGAAUGGACUGAAUAUUGAUACAGAUUUGACAAAAAGAUGAUUGAAAAAGCAAAUUUCACAGCAUACAGUGUUACAUAUUUAAAUUAUAUUUCUGAUACAUUUACAUAAUGCUUAGAAAUGCAAAUGUUUAGAAAAAGUUCUGAACAGACACAUCAAAGGACAGAAGUGUUUCUUCUGGGACCAGGAUUGUGAUUGGCUAUUCUGGUCAAGAGGAGAUUGGUUAUCAGUAAUAUUUGAAGAUUUAAAUAAGAAUGUAAUAACAUAAUUCAAAAAAUUUAAACUAUGAAAACAAUGGAAGGAACUUAUGGAGAACUGGGGCAGCUAGAGUGAGGGCUGGCAGCCUCAGGUGAAACCUUUUUGGAAUUUGGAGACUCUCACUGACUCAUCAGUCCUUCCCAUGCAUACAGAGAUCCUAGUAAGUCUUGCCCUUUGGGGAAAUAGAUCUACAGUGAGAAUACCCAAAGAACCCCUGCCAUCUACCUAGGAUAAUGAAGCCAUAUCAUUCUUAAAUGUGAAAAGACAGCUAAGGAUCAUUGCAAGUGAAGAAAACUAUCAGCAUAAUAAGGACCAAGAGACAGAACUAACCCCAGAGUGAAAACUAAAAUUUUAUGUUAGUCUGAGAUUUGAAGAAAUGUCGCAUUUUUAAAACAAAUACAGGAAGCUACCAACGUUCAUAUAAAUAAGAACUCAGAAUGAAAAAAAA